AUGUCGUCGGACGAUCUACCGGAGAAACCACUCAGCAUGCUGGGUUUGGGACGAGAACCCGAAACACUUGUGGGCUUUAAACGCAAAAAAACGCGCCAACUUGCGGCACUUCUGGCGGCUCCAGCAAGCAGCGAUGCCCGGUGUUUUGCGCGAUGCCGCGACGCUGCGAUGCGAGCGGUGCGCAGUUUGCGAUCGCUGCACGAGCAGUCGGGAGAAACUCCUGAAGGAGAUCCUCCGGACGGAGCAUCGCUGGAAGCCACCGCCGCUGGAGAAGGCCAUCGUGGCGACGGCGACGCGAUCACUUUCGACUCGCCCCCGCCCUUUCUGGUCGUCUCGAGUGCUGGAUGUGCGUCGGUCAAUGGCCGCUAUGCACACGAUGGGCUCGGACCGGCGGGGAAGGUGAAGUACAAGAAGGUGGAUGGAGACCCAGUCAUCUAUUUCUCGCGCGGUCAAUGGAGAUUAAAUGACGAAGAAGGCACUGAUGGCUGGAGCUACUUUUGCCGGGCGGAGACCGACAUGCCACCGCUGAAUGACUGGGAAUCGAUCUCCGUGCCCCGAUUCCCUCCAGCACCUUGCCUUUCCUGGGGAACUGCUCGAGACCUCCUGGAGGGCGAUAGUGUGACCAUCGUGAAGAAUGAUGGAGAUGUGGAUUGGUCCAAUUGCCCGGAGGAGGAUGAACCCAUCAGGAGGUUGAGGUUUUCAGCACCCUGGGUGGUCCAAGUGAGCCGCCUUCGUGACGGCGCCUGGUUUUACCCCACGAUCUUCGAGAGCAAGAUCGCUCCGUUGACUGCGUUGGGCUUUGUGGAAUUGAGAGGGAAGAAACAUGUGAUUUCUGAUGGAGCAGGUUCAUCAAGCGGAGAAGAUGCUCCGCCGUUCCUGGUGGUGACCGGCGCUGGGCAUCCGACGGUGAACGGCCGCUACUUCCGCGCUGGGCUCCAUCAACGGAAGCCCAAAUACAAGCAGGUCGGUGGCAACUCGAUCAUUUUCUUCGAGUCCCGCCUAUGGCGCCUCAAUGACGAAGAGGACACCAAUACGCGCUGCUAUGAUGGCCCUGAGGAUGAUUCACCCAUGCCGCCACUGGAAUGGGUGCAGCUGGGCACAUCUCGCUACGGUGCAGCACCAAGCCUUUCGUUGGGGACCAGCCACGAUCUACGCGAGGGUGAUUCUGUGUUGUUCGGAAGCCACUCAGAGGCGGCCGAUUGGUCGGGAUGCCCGCUGGCUCCAGAACAGAGGCUGCCCUUCACGCCGGGCCAGCAUGGCCUUGUGAAGCGGGUGCACCACGACUGGCUCUACGUCGAGACCGACUCGGUCGAGAAGGUGGCGCCGCUGAAGACCGUGAAGAUGGUGAUCUUCAUGGAGAGGCAGCACCGGAUCUCCGAAGGAGAGGUGCCUCAAGAGAUUCAGCUACAGCUUGAUGCUACAUCAAGCGAUGCCAAUCGACUUCGCGGCAUUUAUGCUCGCCAGGGGGAGCACAAUGGCAAAGUCAUGUACCAAAAGGUGGACGGUGAUGCCACCAUCUUCUUUGAUGGACAGUGGAAGAUUGGUGUGCGCGGUGUGGAUGACUGGAUCUAUUGCCAUCCAGAUGAUUCACUGUCCUAUCCACCUUCUGGUCAAUGGACAGGAGCAGAAGGAUCAACGGAUCCUGUUCCUACAAUCAGCACCGUACCACAGGCGGUGCUCGUGGCAAAUGCCAGCGCAAGCAUGAAUGGCCGCUAUGCUCGAGCUGAAGACUUCAAUGGUAAGCCGAAGUUCCGACAAGUGGGUGGCUCUGGAGUACUGCACUUUGAUGAUGGCUGGAAGAUCAAGAGUGCGGAGACAUCAGAUGAUUCAUAUGAACAUUCAGAGGAUUCCAUGGUGCCUCCUGUAGGUGAGUGGAGAACACUGAUGGGAGGAGACUCUCCAAGACUGUCAUUUCUUCAGAUUCCCAGCAUGUCUUCAGCUCCUAGAUUCUUUUGGGUUCAAUCAGCUGGCGGCGUGGGUGAGUCCACCAACGGCUGCUACGUGUGCCUUGGCUCAAGCAAUGGCAAGCCCAAGUAUUGGCAGAUGGAUGGAUCGGGGAUCAUCUACUUUCGAGGAGGACACUGGAAGAUCAACUAUCGAAACGACCAGGGCGGGUGGUAUUACCAGCACCCGGAUGGAUCUGUGAGGGUGCCUCCCACAGAGGGGUGGACGACUGAGGGCUAUACUGGUGAUGCCGAGCCGGCGCCUUCGCUCCACUCCCAAGAGAGGUAUUCCGCCGAGGGCUUCCAACGAGCUCACCCGCCCUUCCUCGUGGUGACGGGCGCUGGGCACUCGGCGGUGAACGGUCGAUUUGCACAUGUGGGCUUUCACGAACGCAAACCGAAGUACAGACAGCUAGGUGGCGACUCCAUCAUCUUUUUUGAAGCCGGACUAUGGAGGCUCAAUGACGAAGAGAACACCCGACAGCGCAAGUACGAUGGGGCACGGGGAGAUACCCCCCUGCCGCCGGCACGGUGGGAACAACUGGGGCAACGCUAUGGCAAUGCACCAAGCUUGUCCUUGGGAACGAGCAAAGACAUCCAGGUAGGAGACAGUGUGGUCAUUGUAAAGGAUGAUGCGGACGUUGACUGGUCCAACUGUCCAGAGAUCAGUGCGUCCUCCAGGAGACUCUUGUUCUCCCCUCCCUGGACCCUGACGGUGCAUCGGCUUCAAGGAGACUUCUUUUACCCCACGAAUUUCCCGGAGAGUUUCGCACCGCUCGCCGCGCUGGGUCAGGUGCACCUCAUGGGAAAGCCACAUCGUCUGCUUCCGCCCGCGAGCGCAACGACCUCCAGGAGUUCGACUGCCGCGCCCGCAAGUCCCGCGGAGAGUUCUGCAGAGAGACCAGAGGUGACGGGUGGGUAUGAUGAGGACUGGGCAUUAGAUCCAGCAGAGGUGGACAAGUUGAAGUGCCCCAUUUGCAUGUUGGUGGCACGGAAUGCCAUGGCACAUGAUUGUGGAUCGGUGCUCUUCUGUGAAAUGUGCUGGGUCAAAUGCUUGGCGGAGGACAGCAAGUGUCCGGUUUGUCGCAAGGAUGGUUCCAGCAUCGCGCCAGCACACUUCGAGCGAAGAGCCAUCCUGAACCUCAUGGUGAAGUGCCCCAACAACUGUGGUGAGAGCUUCAACUUGUGUGACAAGGAGAAGCACCUGAAGGACUGCUCCGCCAGGUUCACGCUUUGCCCGCUUUGCCAAGAACAGGUCCCCACGAAUGAGUUGGAAGCGCACUAUGCCAGCAAUCCGGGGAAGCACAUCAUGCAGAUCAUGACACUGCUGGAUGAAGUCACGCAGUUGCGAGAAGAAGUGAAGCAGCUGAAGGAACAGCAACGCUUCAUGCGAGCGGCGCGCAGCCUGCGAGCGCAGCACGUUCAAGGAGAGGUGCCCCAAGAGAUUCUUGUGCAACUCAGUGGUGAAUCAAGCUCUAGCAAUCAACUGCGUGGCAUCUAUGGGAACCAUGGCGAGCACAAUGACAAGGUCAUGUACAGGAAGGUGGAUAGCACUGCGAGCAUUUAUUUCGAUGGCCAAUGGAAGAUAGGUUUGCAUGGUGUCGAUGACUGGGUGUAUUGCCAUCCAGAUGACUCACUGCCACACCCACCUUUGGGUGAAUGGACAAGUGUAGAGGGAUCCACGGAUCCCGUUCCCACCAUCUGCAGUGUUCCACAGGUGUUGCAAGUCGCAAAUGCCAGCGGAAGCAUGAAUGGCCGCUAUGCUCGAGCUGAAGACUUCAAUGGUAAGCCGAAGUUUCGACAGGUGGGUGCCUCUGGAACCCUGCAGUUCGAUGAUGGCUGGAAGAUUCGGCGAGAAGAGUUUUCGGAAGAUUCGACCUCAUACUACCAUCCGGAUCAUGCCGCCCUACCUCCUAUGGGCGACUGGAGGACUCUGAUUGGAGGAGACUUCCCCAGCGUGUCACCUGUUCAUGUUCCCAUCUCGACGGCGUCAAGGUUCCUUUGGAUUCAAGGUGCGGGUGGCAGCGGCGAGCUGACGAACGGUUGUUAUGUGCACAUCGGCUCCAGCAACGACAAGCCCAAAUAUUGGCAGAUGGAUGGUGCUGGGAUCAUUUACUUCGCAGGUCGUUGGAAGAUCAACCACCGAGAUAGUGAAAUGGGCUGGUACUAUCAGCACCCAGAUAGCUCUGCAAGUCAGCCGCCCCUUGACGGGUGGAGCACUGAGGGCUAUUCGGGCGAUGCUGAGCCUCCUCCGUCGCUUCAUUCACAGCACAGGUAUUCCGUUGAAGGAUUCCAGCUAGCACACCCGCCCUUUCUGGUGGUGAAAGAUGCGGGGCAUGCACCAGUGAAUGGCCGCUUUGCACAGGUGGGCCUUCAUGAAGGCAAACCCAAAUAUCAGCAGGUCGAUGGCAAUUCGAUCCUUUUUUUUGAAUCAGGCCUAUGGAGGUUGAAUGAUGAAGACACCACCGGACAGAGGAAUUAUGAUGCCGUGGAGGGAGAUUUCCCUAUGCCUCCCAGCCAAUGGGAACAUCACAUCAUUUUUGGCACUCCACCCAGCCUCUCGUGGGGCACCAGUCGAGAUGUGCAAGAAGGAGACACUGUGAUUUUUGCUCAGGAUGAUGAAGAUGCUGACUGGUCGAACUGUCCAGAAGAGAGUGCGUCAGGAAGGAGGUUGCACUUUUCUCCAUCCAUGAGGGUGACAGUGCAUCGCCUCCAUGGUUCUUGGUUUUACCCCACAAAUCAUCGAGAGAAGGUGGCUCCUCUAGCAGCCGUGGGCCGCGUGCUGUUGCUCGGUAAGGCUCAUCGCAUGAUGCAUGGAACGGGGGAGACCCCAAAUCUCUCGAGUGCAAGUCCUUCAAGCAUUCGAGAAAUUCCGCAAGAAGUCCUGGUGCAACUGGCUGUGCCGAGCCCCGCCCCAGACGCCCAUCGACUGCAUGGUACCUAUAGGCACCAUGGGGAGCACAAUGGCAAAGUCAUGUACCAAAAGGUGGACGGUGAUGCUACCAUCUACUUUGAUGAGCGCUGGAAGAUUGGUGUCCGCGGUGUCGAUGACUGGGUGUAUUGCCAUCCAGAUGACUCACUGCCGCACCCACCUUUGGGUGAAUGGACAAGUGUAGAGGGAUCCACGGAUCCCGUUCCCACCAUCUGCAGUGUUCCACAGGUGUUGCAAGUCGCAAAUGCCACCGGAAGCAUGAAUGGCCGCUAUGCUCGAGCUGAAGACUUCAAUGGUAAGCCGAAGUUCCGACAAGUGGGUGGCUCUGGAACCCUGCAUUUCGAUGAUGGCUGGAAGAUCAAGGCUGCAGAGACGUCGGACGGUUUGUAUUCGCAUCCGGAUGUGCUCGCAGUUUUGCCACCUUCUGGUGAAUGGACACUGAGUGGAAGCGAAGUCCCCAUCGUGUUGUCACCUGUUCAUGUUCCCAUCUCGACAGCUCCAAGGUUCCUGUGGGUUCAAGGUGCGGGUGGCAGCGGCGAAGCCACCAACGGUUGCUAUGUGCACAUCGGCUCAAGUAACGGCAAGCCCAAAUAUUGGCAAAUGGAGGGCAAGAGCAUCAUUUUUUUUAGACGUCAAUGGAAGAUCACCGAUGAAGAUGACGAGAGGGGAUGGUAUUAUCAGCAUCCAGAUCGAUCAGCUCAAAGUCCACCAACAGAAGGCUGGACCACUGAAGGCUACAUGGGCUCAGCGGCACCGCCUUCUCUUCACGCCCAGCAAAGGCUUUCCAGGGAAAACCUCCCCACGACUGCUGCGGCAGCGGGUGUGCAGAGGGUCUCCCCACAAGCCACGACUGCUGCGGUGAGUCUGGAGACGCCAGAGGUGACGGGUGGGUAUGAUGAGGACUGGGCAGAUCCAGCAGAGGUGGACAAGUUGAAGUGCCCCAUUUGCAUGUUGGUGGCACGGAAUGCCAUGGCACAUGAUUGUGGAUCGGUGCUCUUCUGUGAAAUGUGCUGGGUCAAAUGCUUGGCGGAGGACAGCAAGUGUCCGGUUUGUCGCAAAGAUGGUUCCAGCAUUGUGCCAGCACACUUCGAGCGAAGAGCCAUCCUGAACCUCAUGGUGAAGUGCCCCAACAACUGUGGUGAGAGCUUCAACUUGUGUGACAAGGAGAAGCAUUUGAAAGACUGCCGGGCGCUGUCCACCACCUGUCCCCUCUGCAACGUUCAGGUCCCCACGAAUGAGUUGGAAGCGCACUACGCCAGCAAUCCCGGGAAGCACAUCCUGCAGAUCGUGGCACUGCUGGAUGAAGUCACGCAGUUGCGAGAAGAAGUGAAGCAGCUGAAGGAACAGCAAGGGGGACCUCCGCAGUGA